GUGAUGUUCAGAAAGUAAAACGAAAGCUGAGCGGCUCAGGCAGGAAAACACGUACCACAACUAAACUUAGGCUUAAUGUUUUAAUGUACUGGCCCUUAAGAGAGUUAAGUUUUGCUGAAUUAUAGGAGACACAUAUUUUCUCUUUUUUUGACGGCAGUUGACAGCGCACAUUGAUCUCCAGGCCUGUUCUGGUGGGAGUGGGUCCGUGAUGGACAGGGCGAAGCUGUCACGCAUUGAUGAGGAGCUGGGUUCCUCUGAGGUGGCGGCUCUCUGCUUCUUGUGUCGUGAUGUUGUCAACAGGAAACGCCUGGAGAAGGUCCAGGAUGCUAAAGAUCUGUUCCUGAAGCUAGAGGAAAAAGGUCUACUGGAGAACGGGGAUUUUCUUUCUCAGCUGCUCAAUACGAUCCGUCGAGCAGACCUCCUCGCCAUGCUGGAGACGGACAGCAGGCAACCAGAAGAAACAUAUGCAAACCACCGGCUGUCAGACUACAGUGUGAUGCUGUACAACAUACAUCAGAACAUGAUUGACAGUAACUUUGAAAAGAUGAAGUUCCUGUUGAGUGGAAGGCCGGACAGAAAGCUGGACAAAAGACAAAUUGAGUCUUGUAAGACACCACUGGAUGUGUUUGCUGAAAUGGAAAGGACUGGUUUACUGACAAAUCAAAAGCUUGACGUGCUGCUUUCAGUAGUGAAGGAGUUUGACCAACAACUGGCACAAACUGUGCAGCUCUACAUGCAAGGAUUAACCCAGCCUUCUCAUUUCAGCAUGGAUCACCAGAUGUCCAACGACCCCCCUCGUCCGACUCAGCCCUCUAUGUCUGUGUCUGAGACUCAGCCCACUGAUGAACGAGAGAGUGUGUACUCGGACGCAAACCCCAGACCCCAGAUUGAGCAUUCUUCUCUUCCUGAUCAGACGGAGUAUUACGCCAUGAAUCAUAACCCUCGAGGACAGUGUGUGGUCAUCAACAACAAGAGUUUCAAAGAGGGUCUGAGAGCAAGAGGAGGGUCUGAUAAGGAUGAAGAGGCUCUGCGUCAAGUGUUCUCCAAGCUCGGCUUUACCAUGGUGGUUCAUCACGACCUGACUGCAGACGCCAUGCAGCGUGAAGUAAAAAAGCUGAGCAAGAGGAACUAUUUAGAGGAAGAUGCCUUGGUGAUUUGCGUGCUUUCUCACGGAGAAAAGGGCUGUGUGUACGGGUCUGAUGAGAAGGAGGUGUACAUCAGAGAUCUGACUUUGCCCUUCACGAGCGAGAAGGCUCCAUCCUUAGUAGGGAAGCCCAAACUGUUUUUCAUCCAGGCGUGCCAGGGAAAGGGCUACCAGGGAGGAGCCGUGCCGUUACCCCCCAGGCCGAGACACGAGGGCGGAGACAGACAGAGCCAUCUGGAGGAAGAUGCUGGUCCUGUGCUUGAAGAGACAGUGCCCUCGGAUGCCGACUUCCUUCUGGGCAUGGCCACCGUGCAGGACUACAAGUCGUUUAGACACACUACCACGGGAUCCGUCUACAUCCAGGAGCUUUGCAGGCAGCUUCAGAAAUCAGCAGAGAGCUCGCAGAUGGAUAAUAUUCUCUCUGUGCUGACACGUGUGAACAGGGAGGUCAGCAAAGGAGUUUAUUUAAACCACAAACAAAUGCCCGAGCCCAAGUACACCCUCACCAAGCAGCUCGUCCUCAAAUACGUUUGACGUGCCACUGUGACCAAGUGCAACGCUACCUAUGUGCCACAUUAAGGAUUCACAGACCAGACUUGUUUACUGUGUGUAUGAGUGUGUGUUUAAUGUCUCUCUGCAGCCCCUUUCACACAUGAACUCCUGACGUUUUCUAGAUCAUUUCAGGACAUCUAAGUCCUGGAUGUUGCGUGGAGGAGGAGGAGGAGGAGGAGGAGUAGUUUCCGUUAAAGUGACUGUCUCUGGGUAAAUAAAUAUAACUACAUGUCAAUGGAUUUUUCUGCUUGACAAAUACAAGAGUUGAAAACUAAAUUCAGACAACUGAGGCAAGUAGUUACGCGGAAAACUUUGCUCAUCAUGAACGUUUAUCCAGUUCUCUUUGAGCUUUAUCAUACGGUGGCUUUUUCCCCCCGACAUCACACUCAGGGUGGGAAAGUCAAAUUCUGUCAUAAUAUUAAACUGCUGCAGUCAGUGGUGUAAGUUGUAUACAUCUGACAAAUCAUCAGAUAUAACAAAUUAAUUGAUAAAUGAUUAGCUACAGUCAAACAACAGCUAACAUUAGCAUUUAGCCACUUAAUAGCUUAUAUUACAGUUAGCUUGGAAGUGGCUAAAAGAAAAUAUUAACAUUGGUCAUGCUGACAGGAAUAUGUUUCUAACUCAUAUCAUAAAAGAUUUGAUUUUGUCCCCAGAUGUUGUAAUGUUAGCUAGCAAAACUUUUUUUGAUCUAGGAAGUGGUUAAUGCUAACAUUAGCUGUUGUCUGAAAGCUCUUGACCUGAAAAUAUGAUCACAUGUCCCUCUGGUUUACUCUUUAUUGUUUUUCUUUUGAUGGUCAUGAAUCAAGGAGCGACGAAAUGACAACAAUGGUCAGAUAUCCAAAAUUAAGAUUUUAAAACUAACACAGCAGUUUGAUAUUACAAUAGAAUCACAAAUUAACUUUUAUCUGCAGAUAACAAGGAAAAUAAGUCGUGAUGGCAACCGGCAAUUACACAUAUUCCAUCACAGUAAAUAAAAUGUGUGGAUGCAUGUUUGCUCAGGGCUUCAGUAUUUAACCUCCUGGACAUAGUGGGUACAUUUGCACAAGUGUUGUGCAUGUGUGAAAGAGACUAUAGCUGAAUGUAUGUAUGGAUCUGAAUGUUGUUACCUUGAGAAGAGAGUAUGUGUUAAUGAAAAACAUAGAAUCAAGGUACAUAAUAUGUCUCAAGAGCCAUUUAAAUACAUUGUUUUAAUGUAUCAGGAGAUAAAUACAGUAAGUCAUCAUUUUGUCAUAGUUUACAGAUCACAGUAAAGAGAAAACACUUAUUGCUUUAGAUAAAUAGGAACUUUAUUAUCUAUCUUUGCUUUGAACAAACUCGAUGAAUGUAAUCAUUUAUUUUUCCGUUUCAAACAAUAAAACAUGAAAUCCAGUUGUGGUGUUUUAGGAUUGUGUCAUUUAAGGUAAAGUUGUCACAAAAAAACCUUUCUAAAACAAAUGCUUUUGUUAAUGGUGGUUAUUUAGAGUCAAAAUUAUUUCAAAUUAUUCACUUCAAUAAAAGCAGCCAUGCUGAGACAUAAAAGUAA